CCCAACUUAGUUUAUGGACUUUGGAGAGAGAAAAAUGACAUUUACACACACAGUUACACACACACACAAAGAUAAAGAGAGCUCAAAAUCCACUAUUUGCUCCUUUCCAACCAACUUCAUCUCACCUACAAAUCUUUAAUAAAUCCCCCCAAUUUCCUCUCUUCCCCUUUCCAUUUCAUAUCUCCUCUCCAAGAUCACUCUCUUUUUAAACUCUCUAUCCAAACCUCCUUCCAUUUCAAGUUCACACAACUUCUUUCUCAGUAUAGAUAGAUACAACAUAUAUAUGCAUACAUAUAGAGAGAUUGAGAGUUCAAGUGUGAGAUUUACUUGUUAAAAUGAAGAAAUUAAGGAGCUAUUAUGCGAAACUAAGACACCCACAAACAGUAGAACGAAAAUGGAUCUUCCCACUAGCUAUUGGUUCCAUAGUUGCUCUCUUCCUUCUCUUUCUCACAACCCUAACUUCACCCAACGGCACACCUUUUCUUCCUCUCCACCGCACCGCCGCCUCCUCCACCGCCACCGCCUUCGUCGAAUCGAAGCUCCACCCACUUCCCAUCUCCAUCCUCCCUCCUCCGCCACGACUCGCCUACCUCAUCUCCGGCUCCAUCGGCGACGGAAACAUGCUCCGACGUACGCUGCAAGCUCUCUACCAUCCCAACAAUCGGUAUGUAGUACAUCUGGAUGCCGAAUCUUCGGCCCAAGAGCGGGUCGAUCUGCAGAGCUUUGUUAACAAUCAUCCCACGUUCAGCCAAUUCGGAAACGUGUUUAUGAUCACGAAAGCAAAUCUUGUCACGUAUCGUGGCCCGACAAUGGUGGCGAAUACGCUGCACGCGGCGGCGAUCUUGUUGAAGGAAGGUGGCGAUUGGGAUUGGUUUAUCAAUCUUAGCGCCUCCGAUUAUCCACUUGUCACUCAAGAUGAUCUGCUUCACACAUUCUCGUAUUUGCCACGGGAUCUUAAUUUCAUUGAUCAUACAAGUGAUAUUGGGUGGAAAGAGUUUCAGAGGGCAAAGCCAAUUAUUGUCGAUCCAGGGUUGUAUAUGACCAGAAAAGCUGAUGUUUUCUGGAUCACACAGCGAAGAAGUGUGCCGACAGCCUUCAAACUGUUUACAGGAUCUGCCUGGAUGGCACUUUCUCGGCCUUUCAUUGACUUCUGCAUAUGGGGUUGGGACAACUUACCUCGAACUGUCCUCAUGUAUUAUGCCAAUUUCAUCUCUUCCCCAGAAGGCUAUUUUCACACCGUCAUCUGUAAUGCUCAAGAGUUCCAGAAUACCACCGUGAACAGUGAUCUCCACUUUAUAUCCUGGGACAACCCUCCCAAGCAGCAUCCCCACUACCUCACCCUUGAUGACAUGUCGAAGAUGGUUGACAGCAAUGCCCCAUUUGCGAGGAAGUUCCACCAAGAUGAUCCAGUGCUUGACAAGAUCGACUCCGAACUUCUAUUUCGAGGUCGGGACAUGCUUGCUCCUGGUGGGUGGUGCAUAGGAAGCAGUAAAAAUGGGACUGAUCCAUGCUCUGUUGUGGGUAACAUCACAGUCCUCAGGCCUACAACUGGUGCCAAAAGGCUGGAAAAACUGAUCAGUUCUGUCUUAUCAAGUGAUAAUUUCCGACCAAGGCAGUGCAAAUAGUAAAAAUCUGUUUCAGAAUAGGUGUUUGCAUACCAAUAGGGUUUGUUUAUAUCGGAAACGUUAAGAUGUCGGGAUCAGUAAUUUCUUUUUUGAUAGGGGGAAAGAGUGAUGAGAAAUUGCACCACCUCCCAGCUUAUAUAAUUGCAGCAAAUUAAAAUGGACUCGGGUGGAAAGAAAUGAACACAGAACCGAGAAUAUUUUCUGCUGCAAUAAGAAAAGAUGGCAUUCAUGUAGCUGACCUGGAUUUUGUUGGGGGAGUGGUUGUUACCAUUUUUACUCUUAUUACCAGGACUGAGCCUGGCACCAAGGCUUGUCAUGAACUUCAGCUAGUAGUUGCCGGUUAGAAGAAGGAAAACUAAUUUAUACACGUACCUUACUAUGUAUCUAAUUUAUUUGUGGUGAUUAUUUUAAUUUGGUGUUAAUGACACGCACACAUGAUCCAAGACGAAUUGUUGUGCUUUACGUGUAUGUGCAGCAGGUUUUGUGGAUCAA